AUGUUCUGCGCAUGCGUAGCUUCAGGGCAAGCACGUUUUGUCAGUCACGUUGGGUCAAGCACUUAUCAACAGGCAAGUUUGUUAUUACAGACAUUUAUAAAAAAGUUCAAGUGGAUUCAGCAGCAACACGUUGACGCAGUUGGACACGCGACGCUUGUAGUAGCCAAAUAGAAUGCGGCGCGCAGACAUAAAGGACGAACCUGCGACUUAUGAGCGACUUGUGUACAAAAACACAUCCGUUUACCACUAUAUGAGGAUCUCCCUAGUGUUGGAGAAUGAAAGCGCCACACUCAGUGCAGCCCAACUGAAGCAGCUCAUCGUCUCUGGCCUCAGGGACCUGUAUGGAGAGGUUGGAGGUGCCUUCCCUUUUGAUCUGUUGAAGUUUGAUGAGAGCACACUAACAGGCGUGCUCCGUGUGUACAACAGUGGGCUGGUGAAGUUGUGGAGUGCCCUGACACUGUUGGGAUCCUAUCAGGAGGAACUGUGCUUUUUCAGAGUUACUCAGGUGUCACCUUUCCUGUUAACUCUGUCUGGGAAUAGUCGUGAGCUGGAGCUGGACUGAGCAGAGGUGCACUGAGCAGAGGUGUUGGUUCUUGAGUCAACACAGUGACCCAUAACACUGA